CGUCAUCGGCAGUUAACUAUUGCUAGCAUAUUGCUAACAAAUUAGAGACCAAAUUUUCGCUACCUCUCUGAACAGUACAAGUGCCUUUUACCGACGAAAUACAGAUAUGUUAGAUGUGUUGAACUAGACUUAUUAUUCUUGUAUAGUUAUUUAGAUAAGGUGACUUUUCAAUGUUAUUUACAAACUAGUAAGUUACGAUGGAUAAAACCGGGGAUACCAGCAGUAGUCGAAAUAAUACAAGGACAGAUCUCAGUCUGCUGCUUGAGUGUCUGAAGUUUCAGAUGAAGUGUCCUGAUUUGCAGAAACAGGCUCUCCUCGCCAUACACUCAAUCUGUGAAAACAGAGAGGAUAAUGUUGACAUCCUGAGACAAAUGGGAGGUGUAGCUUUCAUAUACAACCUCUACAAGUCCAGUUGUGUUCAUUCAGAUGUGAAGGAGACUGCACUUUUUACUCUGGGAACCCUGGCAGAGGCCAAUGUUUACUGCAAGAAUUCUCUGUGCAGAAAGGAGACAUUUGCAGACCUUGCUGGUUUGUUGAUGAAAGAAGAAGUCCCACUGACACAGAAGAGAGUUUCUGUCUAUUUGCUGUCUGUGUUUGUGGCCAACAACAAGUCGGGACAAACUUUAGCCCAAACCACUGGCUGCUUGGAUAUUCUUCUGGACCUCUUCAGGACCACUUUCCCCCUUGCCACAGAGGCCAAUUUGAGAGCUGUCAAUGCUACUCAAAUCUAUCAGCUUUGGGCAUCUGUGUGUAGUGCUCUUUGUGGAUGUGUGAACAACCCUCAGAAUGAUGAGGGCCAGCGUAUUUGUGUUGUCGCUUUUCCCAUGAUAAAAAUCUGGCUUCAGCAGAUUGCUCUGUCAAGAACUGAGGUUUUCCAAUCUGUAUGCUCCUUCAUAGCAAUGACAGUUGCCAACAACCCUGGUGUUCAGGAGUGUUUUUCCGCUUCAGGGGGUCUGGACAGUCUCACUCUUGCAUUGGUUCAUCUGACCUCUGCAGCAGAUACAAGCUUGCUGUCCUGUCAGCUCUCUGUAACAACAUCCAAGACCCUUUCAGCCUGCAUCACAGAAAACCCUUCUCUAGCCUCAGGCCUGGCCAAGUAUGGCGUGGUUUCGCAUCUCCUUUUUCUGCUGGCUAGCCCACAUCUGGACCCUGAAGAAAGGCUCUCUGUGUUACUUACUCUGGGCCACUGCACUGUGGCCUCUGAAGAGCACCAGUUCCAGCUGGUACAGUGUGGAGGUUUGCCACUGAUCAUAACUUUACUCACAGAGGAUACAAGUGAGGAGGUUAGGAAGGCUGCUACAUUCAUACUGCAGACCUGCAAACAGGCCACUGUGUCUUUGGAAGUGCCCGGAUUGAUCAUGACACAGGACAAAAGUAAAAAUGUGAAGCCUGUCACUAGCAUGGAGGGCUUCAGGAACUCAGCUAAAGAGCUGCUGCGCCGGAUUGACCUGAUGGAGAAGAGCCAGGCAAAGGAGGCUGAAGAUGAGGGAGAUACAGAUGGAUCAUCUUUUACCAAAGGACUUGUCCCACCAUUUGCACCUCCAGCUUUACCUCUGUCCCUGCAGCAGAGAGAGAGCAUUAACACUGUCCUCACUGCUUAUAAAAAGACCAGCACUCCUAAGCAUGUAUAUGCAAAAGAUGAUUACAGUAUUGAGCAUCAUACUGCCAGAGGUAUGGUUGAGAAUGAGAGUGAAUGGAGACGCACGUGCUCUAGUGUAAGUGUGAAGGAAGAGAAGGCUAAACCCAGUGGAGAUAAUGUGUGGUGCACAGUGUGCAAAGGUACUAGAGCCCUGAUGACUUCCAAAAUGCAGCCACUAGAGGGAGACAGAGUGAAGCAAAUAACAUACAGGGCCACUUUUAAGCUCCCAGUGCCAUUGAAGAACAGUGUACAAGGGGAAACCAUGAAAGAAAAACAUGAUGAAGAAGAGUCACAGAACUGUGAGAUGAAUAAUACCAGAAAAGGAACGAUCCCAGUGAAAGAAUAUUCACUCCCUCAGAUGCGAUGUGCAGGUUGUGUGCUGCCUUUUGAGGAGGUGACCAGUCACACUUUUUCCUCCCUCCAAAGCUCCUGCCAGCACAGUUGUGACAUGCACAAGGUCCUCCAGGAGGCCUCAAAGCGUUUCAGAACUGCUCAGUGCCACCUUCUCUUCAACAGAGAGUACAAGGACAGCACCAUGGGGCAGGCCAACUCAUUAGCAGAGCCACAGAAAAGCAGGGGAAACUGGAGUGAGAUUUGCCUGACUCCCAGACAUAAAGCUGCAGGGAAAGGAAAGAGCUUCCUGCCAGGCAACAACUGGAAGAAGCACAAUGACAUCACUUUGACCCCGCUGCACAAAGGAGCAACAAAAGCAGUGAUUUCCUCACUCCACCCUUCAGGUCCAGGCUUGACUCCUCUGAAAAAGUCUCAUCAUCCUAAAGAGAGAAGAGAAGAAAAUGACAGCAGACUACCUGACCUUGAUGAUGAGAUGAAGACUCACACAGAUCAUGUUUCUACUAGGAGAACGAGAAAAGACUUCAGCCGUGAGGAGGUGCAUUACCUGCUCUGUGGAGUGAAGAAUUUUGGAUUCUCCUGGAACUCCAUCCUGUGGUCGUACCCGUUCCAACCCGGACGUACCAAUGUGGACCUUGCUGAUAAAUACAGACGGCUAAAGAAAGCUGGAGCAGCAAAUGUAGGUUCCUGGUCCUGAGAUCCUGAGGCACCAGCUUUUCAAUGUCUCUGAUGGAAUAAUCUAAAGCACCUUUACUUCCUUCUGUUGAGAACUUUUAUUAUAAUAAUCCAUAGAUUCCUUAAUCUAAUAUUGACAUAAUAUAUAGUAAUUAAUUUGUUUUUAGGGUUAGGUUUUAGAAAUGUUUAUGGUAGUAUUUCUUAAUGCAUCAGCAAAUACUGUUAAUUUUGUAAUUUAAACAUUUACAACAUUGAAACAGUUCUUCAGUUUUGUUGUCAGCACUUUCUUUGUCAAUAAACUUUUUAAUGAUUAAAACAGACUGCCAAACUAAGAAUUAAAACUACAGUCACAGUGCAAUAGAUAGAUACUUUAUUUAUCCCAAGUGAAAUUCAAGAAACUAAAUUCAUUAUACGUUAACUGUACAAAUCAUCAAUAUAGACUCAGACACAACUGAGGCUUUUCAUAUGAGGAAUUUUUGCAAGAUUAAGUGUUAUCUAGAAGUAAGACCUUUGUUUGAGUGCUAUCUUAUGUUGUUGCCCUGCUAUUGCAAUACUUAAUGAUGAAUCACCACAGCCCUGUUUUCACAAGUACAGUAAGUCUGCCAGAUUUGAUUGCAACAGCAUCAUGUGCUCAUAGGAUGUGGCAAUGAUGACAAGCUCACCUCCAAAAAACUUUGGCAGUCAUUCAUGACCAGUUUCUGUUAGAAUUCUUUCCAGUUCAGGUUACAUUGAAACGGUAAGCUUUUUAUUUUCACAUAGAAAUCAGUUAAGAUACUGUAACAUGUUUUCAUAAAGACAUAGAUAUUAUAGUGAUCUGACUUCCGUAAUCUAUGAAAAAGUGACGUUCAGUCCAGCAGACAUUACCAUACUAUCAGUUGUGUGAAAAUGGAAAUUUGAUAAUAAUAGUAAUAUUUAUAAAAAGCAUCCCUCUUCUUUCUUGAGACUCCAUCAACAAAGAGAGGGGGACUAUUUGUUUAUGGAGCUGAAGGGCUUAGGAAUGAGAGGAAUCACAAAUACUGCAAAUCAUGCUGCUUAUCUCUCUUAGCGUGUAUCUGAGAAGCUCUGCGAACUGUAUCUCCACCAAUGGCUAGCUCGACUGAGAUCACUGUCUGCAGAGGGCCUCUCCCACUCCACUGGGAUUCAUCAGCGUGCUACCAAAACUAUGGGACUCAACCGCCUGCCAUGCCCUGAGGCUUAUAGGCUUUUAAAGGUGUGGCUGGACAAGCAGGAAUAUUUAUUGGGAGUGGGGCUUAAUAUGAUUAUGACACAGUGGUGUACCACAAUGAUGUUCUAGUACGACUUUUGUCUUUUCAAGUUAAAUUGGGCAGCUGCACAUCUUAAAUCUUACUGACAGAAUAGCUCCCAGUUUGUUUUGCUGUGGUUUUUUCCUAAGUUUUAUCCAUUUCCUACACAAGCUGAAGUUGCGUCUCAUACCAAUCUACUGACUACUUUGUCAAGAUGUCGGGAUAGCGUUGCAGUAAAGGGGGUGGGGGGAUUGUGUGGUGGGAGAGGCAUGUGAGGAGCAGAUUUCUCAUGGACUGAAAUGCAGUCACACUAAAGACUUUUGACCCAGGCCCCCCGAAAACCUCCUUCCUCUGGAAAGAAUGUGGCUCCAUCCCCCCUCCCCUCCCCUUUCUCCUUCCCUCCCUCUCAUCCUCUCUCCCACAAGACUGUGAGAAGGCACUGUCUUUUCUUACAUGCUCUGUGCUGUGUUGGCUGGAAUUUGAUUUCCAUAUGUACACUGUGUUCCUCACAUGUAUACUGGCGUGUUGUUUGACAUGCCACAUAACGGAGAAAGCUCCAAUUGCUCCAUUACGUGCACUCAACAGAUGCAUGCUUUACAUUUUUCUGGGUUGGUUUAG